AUGGCGAGUUCAACGCUUGUUGCUGUCUUCCUUCUUUCAGCCCUAACCUUCUACGCUCCUUCAACCACCGCUCAACCUGUCAAGGACAGGAGUGGUAACAUCGUUAAAAAUGGUGGCACAUUCUAUAUAUUGCCGUCACUAUUAGGAGCCCGCGGAGGUGGAGUUCGAAAACUUCCAACAGGUGACGAAUCUUUCCCUCUCUCUGUUGUGCGGUCUCCCUUCAAGGACGAUAAAGGCCUUCCAGUUACCAUUUCAGCCCUAAUCCAAAGCACAUAUCUCCCUGAAGGUGCAGUGUCCCUUAGCUUCGAAUAUACUCCUAAGUGGACUGCCGUUCCGGGCUUUCCUGAAGGAACCCUCGUUAAAAUUGAUGGCUAUUACCCAAACCCACUCAUCGGUUCUUUCUAUAUCACAAAAUCUAUAUUUGGACACAAGAACUCCUAUAAUCUUUUCUUCUGCGAAAUCUUCGUCCCGCCGGCUUGCGGAAAUGUUACUACUGUUGAGAAUGAUGGGAACUUGCUUUUGGCUGUCACUCAGGAGAGUCCAUACGAGUUUCUUCUUGAGCCAUAUCUGCCAACAUCUGCUGAUGUUUGA